AUGUCCCGUCACGGCAUCCCGGACGUCGUCUUCGAGAAGAUCGACAAGUACGUCGACUCGCUCGCGCCCCAGAUCCAGCCCCGCAUCACCUCCGAGCUGGAGCUCUUCCAGACCAAGACCAUCGAUAGUCUCGAGGACCAGGUCAUCGACGCUUUCCGCUCUCUCUUCAACAAGGACAAGGAUCCUAGCGGUGCCAGGAGCCUCAAUGACUCGCCUCCGGAUGCCUAUGGCGGCCAGUCCCUGCCCUUCGCCGACGAGAUUGCGAAGCUCACCCGGAGCUUCAGCAUGAUCACCGAUGAAGCCGGCGAUGAUCUGAGAGACAUCUUCGACUUGACCGAGGGUCGUGGCGGAGGCGGCGGUGAACAGUCUCGCGGCAUCGAGCACACCGACUCCUUCUCUCGCGGGGCGAAGGGCUUCCUCUCAGCCGCUAUCAACGCAGUUCAGGAUCACAUUGGCGACGACCGCCAAGGAGGCGGCAAGAAGUUCGAGCUUGACGGUCUCCUCGGCGUGCUCAGCAACACUGUCAAGGACGCCGCCCGCAACCCCGAAGAGAAGGCCCGCGUCAUCAGCCCGGAGAUCAAGGAGAAGGUCGGCGCGAAGCUGAGGGAGCAGCACGCCCCGAUCGCGGAGCAGUUCACCCGCAUCGCCCUCGACCACAUCAAGAAGUGGCUGCGCGGCAACACGAGCACUCGCGACAUCGGCGACGGAGUCAAGGGCGAGGUCGAGGACCAGGUGAAGGACUUGGUGAAGGGCAUCGGUGGUCUCUUCGGCAAGAAGCACUCCUCCGACGAGGGUGCCUCCAGAGGCUUCGGCGACCGCGACGGCGAUGACGGAGGAAGCGGCGGUGGAUUCUCCAAGGUCAUCAGCGACAAGCUCAGUACGGGUAUCGCCAAGGUGCACAGGGAAGUCCGUCUCGAGUUCCGCAGCGUGCUUGGUGGUAUCGAGAAGCAGCUGUUCGAGCUCCUUCCCGACGAGUUCCAGAGACCUUUGGAAAAGAUUCUGGGCGGCAACCCCUUUGACUCGCAGCUCGAUCGCGAGGCUGGUGGCCAGACGGAUCGUGGUUUCGGCGACGACAUCAAGGCGAAGUUGGUCAGCAAGAUUCGCGGCCUGAUUCGGAAGGUGCAGGAGACGUUGCGCGAGAGCAUCCUGGGUGUCGUGAACGGUGGCCACCGCAGGUUCGAGCGCGAGAGCUGGGUGUUUGUGCAGAACAUGGUCGAGAGCAAGGUGCAGAAGUACCUUCCCAACGUGAAGAUCACCGUGCCGGACGACAUUGGCAACGAAGGCGUCAGCGUCGGCUCGCCGAAUGUGCAGCUUGGUGGUGGAAAUCAGUCUGUUCCUCCCCCUCAGGGCAACUAUCCUCCGCCGCCCUCGCAUCACGAAUCUGGGGGUCAAGGGUACAACCAGGGCAACUACCAGCAGCAACAUCAGCAGCAUCAAGACUAUCGGCCGGAUCAGUACCAGCAGAAUCAAGGAUACCAGCCCGACCAGCACCAGAACUACGGCCAGAACCAGAGCUAUGGAGGCAACCAGAGCUACGGUGGAAAUCAAGGAUACGAUCAGAACCAGGGCUAUGGCCAAAACCCAGACUACGGACAGAACCCUAGGUACUAG